AUGUCUGGAAUCAUCAACAAGGUGAAGGACGCCCUCCACUCCGACAAGGCUCACGAGCAGCCCGAGGGAACACACGGCCCUCACUCCAGCCGCGCUGCCAACACCGCCGACCCCCGCAUCGACUCCGACCGGGACGGACGUGCCAACCCAGCCACUGGCACCACCGGCACUCAUGGUACUCAUGGCACAACCGGCACUGGUGUUGGCUCAACUGGUGUCGGCUCUACUGGCCACACCGGAGGCAUCGGCUCCACCGGCACCCACACCGGUACAUCUGGUCUCGGCAGCACUGGCCACACCGGCACAACCGGUGGCAGCCAUGUGACGGGCUACAAUGACCCCACCGGCACUCACGGACCUCACGGCCGUGUCGGUAACGCUGUCGACCCCCGUGUCGACUCCGAUGCUGACCACCGCGCUGCUGGCGUCGGCUCGACCGGCCACACCGGCGGUCUUGGUUCUACCGGCACACACGGCAUUGGCUCUACCGGCACUCACACUACCGGAGGUAUCGGCUCCACUGGUACUCACACCGGUGUUGGCUCAACUGGUCACACCGGAGGCAUUGGGUCCACUGGCACCCACGCCGGUGUUGGCUCCACCGGCCACACCGGAGGCAUCGGCUCCACUGGCACCCACGCCGGCGCCGGCACAACUGGCUACGAUGACCCUGCCGGUACCCACGGCACCCACAGCUCCAAGGUUGCGAACGUCACCGACCCCCGUAUCGACAGCGACCGCGACCACCGUGGUGCUCCCGGCGCUGCUGGCACAUCCCACAUCGGCUCUGGCCCUGGCCCGGCGGCCAACACUGCCGGCCCUCACAAGUCCGAUGUCCUGAACAAGGCCGACCCAAGAGUCGACAGCGAUCUUGACGGAAGCAAGACAGUCGGUGGCAACAAGACCUACCAGCAGACUGGCAACUCUUCAGUCGCCCACAAGGACCCUACGGAUGCUGCCCAAGUUCCUCCCUCGGUGCUCCGUGAGCAUGUCGGCGAUCCCGACAUUGUGCACGACGACCACCAUCACGGUCGGGAGGAGAGACACAAGUCUGUGUCUCACCAAGAGGCACACCCUGGCAUCUAA